AUGGACCUCCUCCGCAGCGAAGUCACCGCGCUGGUGCAGCACGAGCACGAGCUGCACGAGCAGCGUGAGCAGCGCGAGCGCAUUCCGCACGCGCACAGAAUGCUGCAUGAUGCUGCAACGGCCAGCACAGCGCUGGCAUUGCCCUGGACAGAGAGUGGGAGCGAGACCGCGCGGCCGGUCGAGUCCCGCUCGCGGCGCUGGAACCGCUCGAGCCGCUCAUCCGGCAGCAGCGAGAUGGACGAGCGACGGAUGGAGAAGGAGCACCAACCCUCGUGGAAGGGCUCGUCUUCCGGCUGGGAGGAAGCGCCUUCGAGCUCACACAAUGAUCCGUGGAAUGGCUCCAAGAGCUGGGAUGGCUCCAAGAGGUGGGAUGAACAGUCACCUGGCGUCUAA